UAUCUGGACUCUCCGCCCAAGACUGCCCCACCCCACACCUAAUUCCGCGGCCCCUGGCGGGGAGGUGUCAACUCGCUGCGGCAGGGGUAGCGGGUGAACUUGGGCCCAGCGCCCUCGCCCCCGCCCCCACCCAACCCCUGCACUCACUGGCGGACGCCAGGGAGUGGGUGCCCGCCCUCCGCAGCCCGGGGCCGCAGCCGAGGGCCUGGAAGGAGGGUCGACUGGUGGGCGGCGCCUCUCCCGGCCGGAGGCGGCUCCCGGCGGGCACCGCCCUCUGCCUCUCGCCGGCCCGCCAGCCAGCACGCCGGCGCUCAGAGGCCUCGCUUCCUGCGUUCCCAUCCUGGUCCCCGAACGGGCAGUGCGCCCUCUCCGCCACCGCUUCCCUCGAUCGAGACUCCCCGGAGCUCCCAGCCCCGGCAUCCCAGCGCCCCGGAGGAGGCAGUCUGGGGGGGCGGGGUCGUGGAGUCCCCAGCCCCUGGCCGCCGCUGGAACGAGACCGAGCUGGACCCGCACCGCCCGGGUGAGUCCUUAACUGAAGAUUUUAGUAUGCAGAGUGGUUUCCAGGCCUUCCUUGAGCCCCCCAGCUAACAACAGAUUGAGGCCAUUGUUUGGUGAGAAAAUAGCUCUGCAGCAUCGGAUUUCAGGCGGCCUGGUUAGCCGUCCUUCUGGAAAGAUGGCAAAGAAUACAGAAUUGAAAAGAGGACCUUGCCCAUCUAAACAUCUGUAAACGCUGGCUGUUCUACAAAGGCUGCUGUCGCAGGAACGACGUAUUGAGGAGUGGUCAGCAAGGAGCAUUGUUCGCUUGGCCUCGUUGGCCCCUCGUUCAGACCUCUUGGCCAUAGCUAUCCACAUGGGACGCCUCACGUUUGCAUGAAGCCAUCCCUGAGAGUUCGGCUGCUGGUUUUAUUGUUUUUUUUGUUUGUUUUUAGUGUGGCACUAGGGAGCCUGCUUAAGUGUGUUUAAGGGGGUUUUGUGGUUGGAGCUGCUGCAGCUCUUUAUUUUCUUUCUUUGAACCUGGACUUGCCCCUCUCCCACUGGCAUGAUGGCCCAGUCCAAAGCCAACGGCUCACACUAUGCACUAACCGCCAUCGGCCUGGGGAUGCUGGUCCUUGGGGUCAUCAUGGCCAUGUGGAACCUGGUGCCCGGGUUCAGCGCCGCCGAGAAGCCGACAGCCCAGGGGAACAAUAAGACGGAGAUAGGCAGUGGCAUUCUCAAGAGCAAGACAUUCUCCGUGGCCUACGUGCUGGUCGGGGCCGGCGUGAUGCUGCUGCUGCUCUCCAUCUGCCUGAGCAUCCGCGACAAGAGGAAACAGCGGCAAAGCGAGGAGAUGGCACACAUCCAGCACCCGCCGGGGGCCCAGCCGCACGCGCAGGAGGAGGACAGCCAGGAGGAAGAGGAGGAGGCCUCCUCGAGGUACUACGUCCCCAGUUACGAGGAAGUGAUGAACACAAACUUCUCAGAAGCCAGGGGACCAGACCACAGCCCAAGGAUGAGCAUCUCUCUCCCCUCCUAUGAGUCCUUGACGGGGCUGGACGAGACGAGCCCUACGACAACCAGGGCCGACGUGGAGGGCAGCCCGGGAAAUCCACCCGACAGGCAGAACUCCAAGUUAGCCAAACACAUGAAGCCGCUGAAAGUUCGAAGGAUUAAAUCCGAAAAACUUCACCUCAAAGACUUUAGGAUCAACCUCCCAGACAAAAACGUCCCUCCUCCCUCCAUCGAGCCUUUAACUCCCCCACCACAGUACGACGAAGUCCAGGAGAAGGCCCCCGAUACCCGGCCACCUGACUGACGGGCCCUCUCUGCCAUGUUCCCUCUUGUCACUCACCCUCCUCCGUACCAACAGACCCCAAUGAAACCACUCCAGCCACAGUUGAGAAACGAGGGGCCAGAUGUGUACUUAGCAACUUGGAUGGGGGUGCGGGGGGAGUCCUGUGAUUCGAGGGUGACGCACAGCUGCAGAACCUCACAUGGCCCGCCGCGGAAACCUCGGGUCUCAUGAAGCUGUGGACCCCAGCUGGGGGUGGCCGUGGAGACAUCUUCCCCGUCCUCUUUCCUCAACUGAAUCGUUGGCGACGACACACCUCUUUCCGACUAGGGAAGGAUACCUAGCAACUGGUUUAGAUCGUUGUUUUGAUUUGCUUCCCCUAGGACUGUCUUGUUUCAAAAAGAAAACAAGUUAUGCCUUUGCUUUCUUCACUGGAGUCCUGCGCGGUGGGUAGGAAAUACAACUCGGUUUUGUAGAAAGGACAGGGAGCCAUUUUUGUGAAGUAAGCAAAACAAAAGGCUAGAUGGUUACGUGGGGGUGAGACCCGGGGGGCGGGAGGGUCUCAGAGCCCCUGAUGCCAUUGGUUCUUUGAGGGCCCAAGGCCCAAUGAUGCGUAAGCUCAUAGUCUUAACCAGUCCUCUUCACUAGUCUCUGCUGUGUUAACAGCCAGAAAGGAAAGCUGUAUGAGAUGUUCUGUUCCUUCUAAACUGCCGUGCAACUGAGCUUUUUAUAAUAAAAUAUUUUAUAUGUAGUA